UCCUCCGUUCAGCUCUGCUGCCUAUAAAUACUGAUGAAGACACCUUCAGCGUCCAUCAGCCGGCUGACUGGCUGGACAGGUCGGACUCCAGCUCCUCAGCGUCUCUCCUCUGGAUCAACCCGGAUCUGAAAACGAUAACUCUGGCUCUUUAUCAAGGCAGCCAUGAAGAUCCUGGUCAUCCUCGUUCUCGUCUUCCUCACAGGUUGCAAUGGUGGACAGCAUGACCCUCCGUCCAAACACCAGGUAAAGAUGGUGCAGGACGCUUUCUGGGACUAUGUCCAGAAGUCAACGAUGACCCCAAAGGACUAUGUGUGGGACAUCAGACAAUCACAUCCAGGACAGUAUCUGUGCUCCCUCAUCUCUCACAGCGUCGAGGCCGUCCAGAGAUUCUUCCGCCUCGUGUACGCUCAGAUAGUCAUGUGGAGCAGCCGCCUCUACCACAGGUUCUGCCAAGAGGUAGAUCACCUGCAGCAACACCUCCACCACUUUCUGCACCAUUUGGAAGAUGACCAAUUUUACCACGCCAAGGAGCUGGUGGCUCAAAUCCGCUGGAAGAUGGAGAGUAUCAAGAUGGUGGCAGCCCACUACAUUGAAGCCCUGGACCCCCUAGGCCUGAAGAUGGCGCUGCUGGAGAAGACCAAGGAGCUGAAUGAGCAUUUGAAUAGGUGCUUUGAACUCCUGGAAACUCACCGUCAUGAACACCACUGUGACCAUCACCAACCUCCUGGCCACCAUCCUGGUCACCAUCCUGGUCACCAUCCUGGUCACAAACCUCCUGGUCACCAUCCUGGUCACCAUCAUGGUCACAAACCUCCUGGCCACCAUCCUGGUCACAAACCUCCUGGUCACCAUCCUGGUCACCAUCCUGGCAACCAUCAUGGUCACUAUCAAGGUCACCAUCAUGGUCACAAACCUCCUGGCCACCAUCAUCCUACCGGUCACAGUGACCACGGCUGUGGACCUGAGACGAAGAAGAAAAUAGAUGAAAGCAUGGAAGCCUUUAAGGCCAGCUUGUUCUCCCUGGUCAGUAAGUUUGAGGUGGAACUCGCCCAAACUACCAAAAAGAUCAACAAGAAAAUGGUUCCUCUAAGAAAAAAACACCAUGGCCAGCUGAUUAAAGACUCAGAUCACCUGAAGGAUGACCUGGAGAGUCUAUGGCAAGACUGGUUACUCCUAAGUCAGCAAAAGGCCGACUGAAUGGAGUCAAGUGGCUUCAUCCAAGGGUCAUUAUCAACAUAAACAUAAGCAUCUUGUUUUUACUUUUAAUAACUAAAACAUAUUGAUGGAGACAUAUUUUUUCAAGUCAGUAUGAUUUGUUUUGGUUUCUGUAAAAUGUCUGUGGUAUUUAUUAAUCAAAAUAUAAGACUGAAAUACAGAAA